AUGGGCACCGCCGAGGGGAAGAAGAGGAGGCCCGUCCUGAUCUGCUGCGGCGUGCUGGUGACCGUGAUCGUCCUCCUCGCCGUCAUCUUCGUGGCGCUCUACUUCACCCUGUUCCAGCCGCGGUCGCCCAAGGUGGUGGCGACGGCGGUGGGAGCGGAAAUCUGGCCCAAGAGCAACGGCGGCGGCGCCCAAGACCUCAACCUCACCGUGCACGUGGACGUCACCGUGAACAACCCCAACUACGCCGCGUUCCGGUACGGCGACGUGGCGACGGUGGUGCGGUACCACGGGGAGGACGUGGGGCUGUCGGUGGUGCCCGCGGGGGAGAUCGGCCCGCGCGAGACGCAGACGAUCGCCGCCGCGAUUGAAGUGGACGCGGGCAAGGUGGCGACCAUCCCGUACUUUUGGGUGGAGUUUCCGACAGGGAAGCUGCCGUUCCAGACGGCGACGGAGGUGGCCGGCAAGGCCGUGGUGCUGGGCACGUUCAAGAUCAAGGCGAGCUCGGAGGUGGCGUGCGAUGUCACCGUGCAAUUGUUGCCUGCCAACGCCACGUCGGAGUGCACCUCCACGGUCCAUAUAGGCCGGUAG